UCCACUUCAUUUCAACGCACUUUUACACUCUCACUCUGACUCUCAACGCUAACUUCAGUAUUUCUCAUCUUGGCUCAGCCUCUUUGUUACACUAUCAUCAGGUACAUACUGGACUGAUUGGGAAUAUGUUUAUUUGCGUUUCUUGGACCUGAUACUAUCCCCACCACCCACCACCACAUAGCUGUAUUCUCGCUUCGGAUCUGACCUCACCCGUUGGACUCUCUUUGCUCUCUUAGCGGGGUACAUCUCCCAUAGAGAUGCUCGCACCAUCUCUACUGCCAAACUAUCGCGGCAUCAUCACCACCGGCACUCACCGACCCGGCAGCAGUCAUGGACCCUUACCAAGACGUGCCCAUGGCCCUUCGGCCCUCUGUCUCGGGGACGGAUCCAGGGGUUCCAAUGGCUUCUUCAGGGGCUGAUGUAUCCGCCCAAUCAGCCCCUCCUCCACAACCAGCUCCAGUGUCUACAGCAGCUCAACCUCCGUCUCAGACUCAACAACCUCAAGUCUCAACGCCAUCUCAGCCUUCAUGGGGCCAAACGCCAGGCUCAGGAGAAUCCCAAUGGGACCAGUCUCCAGCCCAAUUGGAGUCUCCAUGGGAUCAAGCCCCAAGUCAGCCUCCCUCUCAUGAUCAACCUCAGAAUAGUCAACCUCAGCAACAACUGCGCCAAGCCAAGUCGCCCCGUAUUCUCGCUUGCCAGCUAUGUCAAGGAAGAAAGAUCAGGUGCAAUCGAGUGUUCCCCUGCGACAAUUGCAAGAGGUCCAAUGUUCCAUGCAUACCCAGUAAACCGGCCCCCCUCAGGAAACGUCGGCCACCACACCAAGCGCUCCAGGAAAAGUUGGCUGCCGUGACGGAGAAGAUGGAGCAAAUGAGGCGUGAAAUGGAUGCUGCGAAAGCGAGUGGCCAGGGUCUGGCUAUUCCCGCCACACCCGCACCCACCACUUCUUCUUGGGAUUCUAAGGGAAACCCGAGACUGAUCCAGGAGGAGGGCGGUGUCCGUUUCAUGGAUUCCUUGUUGGGCACCAUGUACCAAGAGCUAGGGGAAAUAAGAGCCAUGGUGGACACUUCGCCAGACGAUGGCUCAGAUCUGAUUCUUGGGGCCGACACUCCGACCUUUGAUCCCAUGUCUUCCUGGCCUCAACCCGGUGCUGUUUGGCAGCUCUGUGACAUUUUCUUCCAGAGAGUCAACCCUUUAAUGAAGAUCAUCCACAGACCGACACUGGAGAGAUAUGUCGCGGAAGCUUCUAGUGGACCGUUCGGGCUUCGUCCCAACAUACGAGCCUUGUUCUUCUCCAUCUUUCUAAUGGCGAUCGUGUCUUUGGAUGCAGACGAGUGUGCGCAGCGGCUGGGCUACCACAGAGAGCAGGCUCUCCAAGAUUUUGCUCAAGGUGCUCGUUUGACAUUUGUACGAAUGGGCUUCCUCAGCACGAACGACCUGACUACUCUCCAGGCAUUUACUCUUUACUUGACAUCGCUCCAAGGCCGAUCCAAUCCUCACGCCACUUGGGUUUUGAUUGGCACUGCUAUACGCCUGGCUCGAAAGCUAGGUCUUCACGUCGAUGGCAAACGAUUAGGGUUGCCACCUCUCGAAACCGAGAUGAGAAGACGGCUUUGGUGGCAGCUUGUUGUGCUCGACGCCAAAACCGCAACAAUAUCCGGCUUCAAGUCUGCGGCGGUUGUGCGAGACUGGUCCACCGAACUCCCCAGAAACCUUGAAGACACCGACAUGCAUCCCGACGCCAAAGAAGACUUUGUAGAACGCGACGGCCCUACCGAGAUGAUCUUCUGCCUCAUGUCCUAUAAAGCCACCGAUUUCCUCCUCACCAGCGGGCAGGAUUUUGAAGGUGUCAUGAUCGCGGCCGACCUCCCAGGCGGCCAAGCCCCUGGUUCCGACGACCAACGUCACCGCCGCACCGUCGAACAACUAGCGCUCGAGUUGUCGGCGUUUACGGACCGCUACCACUUGCACCCCGCCAACGGCCCGGUGCAUGCCCUGGCCUUCAAGUUCAAGGAAUUUUUCAUCAAGAAACUCUGCAGUGCUAAACCUCAACCCCCUCCCACUUCUGAUCAACAAGGCUUCAACGAUGUCGACCGCGCUUUCAGGCUAGCUAUCAUCGACCUCGAGCACCACGAACUCAAUAUGCUCAACGACGACCCCGCCUUCUUCUGGUUUUCGCGCGUGUACUUCCAGCCAUUCAACUUCAUGUAUGUCGUGUCGCAGCUGUGCCAAUUCCAGUCCCCGUCCGCCAGUGAUAAGCACAUGGAGACAGCAAGCGCCAAGACCGACCUAAUCGAUCGCGCCUGGCGGCAAAUCUCCUUCGUUUAUCGACUCAAUCCCGACCUAUUCGACACGUCAAACCGGUUGUACUCACAAAUCGCUCGCAAAGUCCUUGAAGCUUGGCAGAAAAGGUCCGAAGCGCUGCUUAGGCAGACGGGGACACGGCCACCUGCUCCGCCCUACGUUGAAAAGCUUGCGAACGUCCUGGGUAACAAUAACAUGAACAGCGGCUCUCUGGGAGCAACACGAACAGACACAGGGACAAUACCAACGGCCACGACAUUGGCCCCAACGGCAGGAACUGGGCUUGCCGGUGGUAAUGACACGUCGUCGCUCAUGCCCGGGCCUUCUGUUGGUACAGGUCCGGGUGCUGCUUCUGUCCCCACCACGCAUGCACUGGGCCAAGGGCAAAGGCCAGAACCGCCGCCAUUCAUGGAAGGUGUCGUUAACUAUAUGGACCCGAACAUGGCCUUUGCUGGAAAUAUGUGGGGAGAUGAUGGGUUUGGCGAUCAAUUUCAGCAGCCUCAGAUGCCGAUGAUGGAUAUGAUGGAGGAUCCAACGACUGGUAUGAUGUACAGCGGUCCGCCUUAUUAUUAUCCGGAUACGGAAGGAGACGGGGAGCCGUCUAGGGGAAUGUGGUAAUGCGAUGGGGUGGUGGUGAGGUGAUAGCCAUUGAGCCUCUACCCAUCGUCGGUCGGCCUUUCGCCGUGUGUACGAAUGUCGGAGCCAGGUUGUACGGCACGGUUCUCCAUCAGCGUUGGAACAUGAUACCCUGGAUUCCUCUUUCCUUUUUGUUCGCUUUAGUUUUAGCAUCGCAUCGCCCCUCAGCUUAUUUGUAGUUUUUACCGGGGGACAUCUUUUGGGGUCGGAGUUGUAGGGUAUAUGUAAAGAUAAUUAUGUCCACUCACUCCGUAUACCGCUUUGUUAUAGGUAGACUUGGAAAUAAAUAGAUCAAACAAGCAUCAAGAUGAAUAAAACGGC